AUGAGGGAAACUGCUCCCUUUGGGCUGGGGCGUCGCGAGCCGCCGGUCGAGAGAGGUAGAUAUGCAGCUGCUGUUCCCCAACACCGCUUCAUCAAUGUUAUUCAAACAAGCACUGAAAACUUGAUACCAGAAAUUAUCGCACUGAAAAUAUGGCUAACCGACACUUCGACAUGCCCCUGCUUCCUCUUCGCCCUCUGUGAACAGCAGUGCCUCAGCCGAGAGCCAAUAGCUGCCGUCAAGCUACAGCAACCCCCUGCUGCUUAUGUCCAUGACAGAGGUCGUGGCCAUUAUGGACCUGGGCAAGAUGGAGGUGAGAGUCGGAAUCAGCAUCGGCGUGAGUGUGGAAGGGCUUAUGGCUCAGUUCUGCUCCCCAGCGGCAACUGGCCCAUGAGGAAGGGGCAUUUCAUUCGCGCCGAGGUUGGUGUAAUUUUGGUCAUCGCGCUCGUCGGUUUUGGGGUGUACAAGGGCAAGAUAACAACCGGCGCCAGUGGGCCUUAA